AAGCUUACAGGAACGAUACCCACUCAUUUAAAUCUUUGUACAAACCUGCAAGGUAUUUAUUUGGGUGGAAACAACUUCACUGGAUCUAUACCUAAUUCGUUCAGAAACCUUUCCAAUCUUUUAACUCUUGACAUUUCCUUCAACAGACUGACGGGGACCGUCCCGACCCUUCCAGAUAGGUUAGAGACUUUGACACUGAAAAAUAACAUUCUGACAGGUGAUCUCACCAAUCUGUGUGGAAACAUCCCGAGUUCCUUGCAAUUACUGAGCUUAUCGACAAAUUGGCUCGGAGGUGAAAUUCCAAGAGAACUAAGCACCCUUGCAAAACUGAGCAAGUUGGAGCUCAAUGGGAACAGGUUUUAUGGAUCCAUUCCCGACACAUGGAAACCGGACACACUACCUAGUCUCGAUACUCUAGAUUUCAGCGAGAAUAAUCUCUCUGGUGUUAUCCCACCCAGCAUUCAGAACCUUACAACUCUGACGGUACUCAAACUGGACCGUAAUCACUUCUCAGGGAGUAUUCCCGGGUCAAUAGCGAACAUGCGUCUUCUGCACACCAUCAACCUUGCACAAAAUAACCUCACUGGAGACAUUCCGCCUCAACUUGUUAACCUCUUGCACGUCAGUUGUCUCAAUCUCAGUUGGAAUCAGUUGACUGGUGUUGUCCCAGACGGAUUCUUCAGACUAGAGCAGUGGAUAGGUGCAACUCUCAGAUUUGAUAACAACUCAGGCCUUGAGAGGAAUGUUACAUUUGGACCGCCAGUGAUUGCUCAUGAGGGUUCACAACCAGCGGAUGGAAGGUCCUGGACGCUUAAGAUGAUUCUCACUGUCGAUGGAUUUCUGGCUUUGAUUGACGCUUACGCUCUGUUACUGUACUUGAGAAUACGGAAGCCGAAGAAGGAGAAGAAUGAACCUGUACCUAUGUGCGAGCCCAGCAGCGAAUUCUCGGUUUCUGUGGAAGUGUUGAGGAAAGCUACCAACAAUUUUCACGAGGACAACAUCGUGGGACAUGGUGCCAGAAGUAUCGUCUACAAAGGAAUGGUGGGAGUUGGUCAGAUAGCUGUGAAGGUCCUGAGGAAGGAGAACGCAGAGAGGAGCAGAGAGUUGCUGCUCCGAGAGCUCCACACUAUGGGAAGCGUUAGACAUCGCAACGUAUUGAGGAUUCUAGCAGUGUGCCCCGAAAUGGACAGUCUUGUGCUGGAGUUCAUGCCGUUCUCCAGUCUCGAGUUCUACCUGUACAAGAUGGUCGGCAGAGUCUGCCUCAGCUGGGAUACCCGAUUCAAAAUUCUAGUGGGUAUUGCACAGGGCUUGGUUUAUCUGCACAGGGAGCACCAAGAAACCAUUAUUCAUUGCGACUUGAAGCCCAGCAACAUUUUGUUGGACGCCGAUUUUGAGCCAAAGGUGGCGGACUUCGGCAUCGCCAAGUAUGUGCACGCUGGCACUAGCGGAGAUGCCUCCAUGUGCGGACUCUGUGGAACCACCGGCUAUAUCCCUCCGGAGUACGCAUGGGCAAGUCUGGCGUCAACCAAAGGAGAUGUUUUCAGUUUCGGCAUUGUGCUUCUCGAGACUUUGACAGCAAGGAAGCCUUAUGGAAAUUGGGAUGUCGAGGAAGGGCAACCUGGAAGCUUGGUGGAACUCGUUAAAUCUGCCUAUCCUGAUAAAAUCAUGAGCAUCUUGGACGCCAACAUGGUCGCACUGGAACUCGUUGGCGGAUUGUAUCGACAAGAGGUAACGCUGGUAAUGAAAAUUGGUCUUCUGUGUACGCAGGACGAUCCAAGGAACAGACCAGAUAUGAUAGACGUUCUGAAUAUGCUGACAGAGAUCAAGAUACAGAGGUAUACGGAAGCUGAAAACGAUAAGCUGCCUGAUGUUCAUGAGCUCGCGAAUUCUCCAACUGUUUGGGAUUUCGAGGAAAAUCAAACAUCACCCAUUCUGCGGAUGACGGAGGAGACAAGGCUGGAAGAUUGGAUAGCGAGGAGACAGAGCUGGAGGAAUUGAAAGCAAGAAGUACCCGUUGAUCAUGGUAUUGGGCUUCACCUUACUUUCUGAUUCACACUGUUAGCAAGAUGAUUUUCCUUUUACAAGAUCGCGACAGCGAAUUAAUAACACGUCAGCAGGACCUGUUGAUAACGGUCAGUUUCUUCUUCACCGAAGACCACCGAAGGUCAGGUUGCGUGCCUAGUUUCCGCACCGAACGAAAGUCUUGACGUGCGUGACUUCUCGGCUCACUGUUGUAGCAUAUUUGACUUCAGCUCUACAUGUACCCGUAAUAAGAACAGCAUAAUUUGGCUUCCCUCAUCUCUUACUAUGAGUAUGUAAUUGGGUUCAGAUUCUUUAUAGAUACAGAAAUGUUGAUGAGUCUCUCGAUCUCUUUAAACAUUUUUUUUGUGUCAAUUGUUUUUUUAGAGCAAAAAGUAGUUGUUUUGAGCAUGACCUUUGAAACUGGCAUCAUGUGUAAUCUGUUUUCUUGCCUGCAUGUGAGUUGCGGCAAACAGCUUUAAGUAGUUGAUUGAGGU